AUGGAGGAGGUCCGCUCCGUACCAAAAGAGUACCGGGACUUGCGGAGAGUGUUUAGUGAGGAGGAAGCCAACAAGCUGCCCCCACUGCAGCAAAGACUUGCUAAGUACAGUAUGGACAAUGAGCAGGUCAAGCACUGGGAGAAUCACAGCACAGUGGAAGACUUCCUUCUCUUAGGAUACCAUGAAUAUCCUGUCCUUCUGUUUGUGGCCUUUCUGGCCACCUAUCUAGCCAUUCUGCUGGGGAAUGGUCUGAUUGUGGCGGUGACAACUUUAGACCCUGCCUUACAUACCCCCAUGUAUUUCUUCCUGAGAAACCUCUCAGGGCUGGAGAUGUGUUACACUUCAGUAACUCUUCCUAAGAUGAUGGCCAGUCUGGUCUCUAGAGACCGCUCCAUUUCCCUGCCAACCUGCGCUACACAGAUGUUCUUCAUGAUCUUCCUGGGUAGAACGGAAUGCUUCCUGCUGGCAGCAAUGGCCUACGACUGCUAUCUUGCCAUUUGCCUCCCUCUUCGCUACAUGACCAUCAUGAGUCACAGGGUGCGUGUGGUGAUGGUUGUCAUGUCCUUUGCCAUCAGCUUCCCUGUGCAGUUGUUGCAAAUCAGGCUCAUCUUCUCCUUGCCUUUCUGUGCAUCAAAGGAGAUUGAUCACUUCUUCUGUGACAUCCCACAAGUGCUAAGGCUGGCAUGUGCUGAUCUGUAUGCCAAUGAAUUGGCUGUGUAUACUGAGAACAUUUUCUUUGUAGUGGUCCCCUUUCUCCUCAUUGUGGCCUCCUAUGUACACAUCGCCAGGGCAAUACUGCGUAUGCCAUCAGCCACUGGGCGCAAAAAGACCUUUUCCACUUGCUCAUCCCACCUCACUGUGGUGAGUCCCUUCUAUGGCUCAGCGAUGCUUGUUUAUCUAUGCCCACAGACUAGCGACUUAGUAAAGUUUUCCAAAUUGUUAUCCUUACUCUACACAAUUGUCAUUCCCUUUUGCAAUCCCCUCAUUUACACUCUGAGGAACAGGGAGGUCAAGGUUGCCUUUGGUAAACUGUUGGGCAAAAAACAAUCUAUGGAAAUGGAUACAGGAAAUAGAUGA